AUGGACAGCGAACAACAACAACAAGCAGGUCCAUCUUCUCUCAUCGACAAAACCAAACAACAAAUCGCUGAAAAACCCUCUCACAAUGCUAGUGAAGAUGAAGAAGACGAAGAAGAACUCAUUGAUCAUAUCAAAAACGGUCCCUUUGUUCCCGGUCCUCUUCUUUCUCUCAAGGAACAGAUCGAAAAGGACAAGGAGGAUGAAAGCUUAAGGAGGUGGAAGGAGAAGCUGUUGGGUUGCUUGGAAAGUGAUUUAGAUGGUCAAUUGGAUCCUGAAGUGAAAUUUCACUCCAUUGGAAUUCUCUCUGAGGAUUUUGGUGAAAUUGUUACUCCUUUACCGGUGGAAGAAAAUCAGAACGGUCGCACGCUAUUCACGCUAAGGGAAGGCUCUCGCUAUCAGCUUAAGCUACAAUUUAGUGUUAUGCACAACCUUGUUUCUGGCUUGACUUACUCCAACACUGUCUGGAAAGGAGGGUUUCAAGUUGAUCAGAGCAAAGGAAUGUUGGGUACGUUUGCUCCGCAAAAGGAGCCAUAUGUAUAUGCGUUGAAGGAAGACACCACUCCCUCCGGUGCACUUGCAAGAGGCGUUUACUCGGCAAAACUUAAGUUUGAAGAUGACGAUAAAAGGUGUCAUAUGGAACUCAAAUAUUUGUUCGAGAUUAAAAAAAGCGGCUAG